UACAUUCUUUCGUUUAAUAUGUUCAAGGGUGUUACGCGUAGAUGACUUACAACGCUUGCAAACUACUAUUGUUGAAACCAUUUGCAAGUUGGAAAAAAUAUUUCCACCUGGAUUCUUUGAUUCAAUGGAGCAUCUUGUUAUCCACUUAGCUCGAGAAGCUAUGCUUGGUGGUCUGGUUCAAUAUAGGUGGAUGUAUCUUUAUGAAAGGAAAUUGGGAUCAAUGAAAAGAAAGAUAAAAAACCAUGCGAAGGUUGAGGGGUCCAUUGUUGAGGCUUACAUGAUUGGAGAAAUAUCGACUUUUUGCUCACAAUACUUUUUGCCUACAAUUGAAACCCGGUUGAAUCGUGAGUCGCGUAAUUUUGCCCCAAACAUUCCUAUUUAUACCAUGGUCGACUCUCGAUUAAGCAUUUUCAAAGUUCCAUCUUGAAGAUUAUUCGAAAAAAGUGGUCAACGGAGGCCUUUGACAGAUGAUGAGAUGCGUAUUGCUCAUAAUUACAUCUUGAUCAAUUGUGUUGAGGUUCUACCUUUUU